CGCAUCCGUUCACACACUACAAAGCUCCCGCGUCCUUGCUUAGUGCGCAUGUCAGAGGCUAUAUAAGAGUCGCGUUGCGCUUGCGCAGGUAGUAUUGUGUGGACACUGCUUUACCAUGAAAUUCCUAAUCCUCGCCUUAUGCGUCGCCUGCGCAGCGGCCGAUGUAUCCCACAUAGUCAAGUCCAGCAGUGGGCCUGACAAGGACGCGAAGAUUCUGAAGCAGGAGCUGGAUGUGGGUCUCGAGGGACAGUACCAGUGGGCCAUCGAGACAGAUAACGGAAUAGCUGCGCACGAGCACGGACAACUCAACAACCCCAACUCAGAGAACGCAGCCCAAUCAGCUGCUGGCGAAGCUCAGUGGACGUCCCCUGAGGGUGAGGUGGUACACCUCGCUUACACCGCCGACGAGAACGGAUACCAACCUCAGGGCUCGCACCUUCCCACCCCCCCACCGAUCCCGGAAGCCAUCCUUCGCGCGCUGAAGUACAUACAAGAGCACCCCCCCAAACCGGAGCAGGAUUAACUCACUCCAACGUAGAGCAAAACAUUGGAGUAUACUCCAACAUAGAGUAAGAUGAAACUUGUGAAUUGAUACUGAUUAUUGCACUAUGCAAGGAUCUUCAGUGGUUUCCCAUUCCCGGGAACGUUCCCAAAGUGGGAAUAUUCCCGUUGUAAAAAACUCUUUAAUAGUAAGGAGACUGGUGCUAAUUCCUGCAGACGCCACCUAAUUUUAUUUUAAGUUAUACCUGUCAUUUCCUUAUCCGUUGAAAAAGAAAGGGACGGCUAAUCGACAAGCAUAAAAUUUAUGGAACACACGUCAAUUUUAAGCACAAAUCUAAAACAACCGUGUAAAAAUUUUACAUCGGCCAAUAAUCCGACAGAGUUAAGUACAGUUUGACAGCACGUCAAACGGAUUACAAACCAGCGAGACGCCUAUUUUAUUCGCCCGGGUUAUUCAUUCGUUUUAAAAUUAACUUGAAGACAAUCCGUCCCUUUCCUUUUCGGCGGAUAAGAAAAUGACGGGUAUAACUUAAAAUAAAAUUAGGAGGUGUCUGCAGGAAUCGGGGCUACUGGCUGAUUUUCUUUUUCAAAUUGUUCUUUCUUGUUCUCUAGUCUUAUCUGCCUAAAGGUUAAGUAAUAAAGCUGUUUUUACACAAGUUUUACGCCUUUUUACUGUCGGCUCCGCUUAGGGACGGUACUGAAAAGUAUCGGCGUCCGAAGGACAUAAUAUGUACGAUCCCGACGACCCGAUUACUCUAGCCAUAGAGGCAGCCAAUCAGCUCGCGACACCAAACACUUCAGGGCCCCGAUACCGACCCCGCCGGUGUGGUCGACGAUUUCCCUCAUUCAGCGCUUAUCGCUAUCGACCCACUAGGGUCGAUUAAUUCUUUCAAAUAUUUUUCCUCUCAGACGACGCCCUGAGCCGAGGUUCGCGCCUAACUGGGCACCCUCAGGCCUGUUGUCUUAAACGUUGUACCGGGUGAGAGCCUUCAGCGCUCCCCAUUUGUCCGGCCAAGUAUUUAAUGCCAAAAUGUAAGUUGUAAUAUAUUUUGUAAGUAUUUUUUUUUAUAAAAUACUCAAGUUUAAUUGUUUUUAUACAUUUGAUUUUGUGAGGAAUUUAAAAUGCUUCGAAAAUUGUCUUCCACAUCUUGAUGCUCGACGCAUCACGCUUAUUAGCUUUAAGGGGUGUUCAGGCGUCAAAAAAAUCUGUGAAGCUUCUCAGUAAGUGCCAUUGUAACUUGCAAAUUAUUGUAAAUAAAUUUUUGCUUUCAAUAAAGAUUAUGUUAUACUUC